GGUGCUUUUCAAAUCUUCCACCUGCAUUGUUGCCUGGUCAGAACACUUUUAUCACAGCCCGGACUGGUUCUGAAGAGAGCACCGCAGAGACCAGAUGGAGCACAGCACAUCGCAUCACAGCAAGCUUCUCCGCAACGCUAGUAAAUACCCCGUAUUUAGUGCCCCGGUGCCAGUGCCAAUGACAGCCAGUGCCAUCCCGUCGACGCUACGGAGGUAAAUUUACUCGUACGCGCGCAGAAUCGACGAGUGGUGCGGAGGCACUGCGUAGUUCCGUACUGGAGUCUGCAACUGCGUACUGUAGCUCCGUACUGUGGUGCGUGCAGUGGUGCGACUCGUAUCUCUGAGUCGUCAACGUCUCCCGGCCCCAAUCACCUCGAUGGACCUCCUCCUGCCCCCAGCGGCAGUGGAGACCAACGAUGUCAAAUCAGUGGAGACCAACCGGUCAACACCAUGUCAAGUCAGUGGGCACCAUCGAUGCCAAGUUCAAUACUGUCAACGCACGACAAUGGCCGGACUGAGCCGUCGCACGUUGAAGCUCCCUCAAUUGAUCAGAUCAUGCAUACACCAGCAUACACCAGCAUACACCAGCAUACACCAGCAUCCGCUCCCCUCGAAUCCCACUUGUAUCUGCAUCCGUAACCGGCCCUGGUUCGGUUGAUUGGACAGACCCGGAUUAAAGGCGGAUUAAAAACGGGACUUUUCAACCACCACACACUUUAUCCGAGGACCGAAAUGCACCUGCAUCCGAAUUAGACAGGCAAAAGCCUCCCGCAUGUCACGUCUCAGACUUCAGGCCAAGUGCAAGUGGAGGAGGGGUCCCUUUCUUCCCGGGCUACUACGAGUACUGAAUGCUCUACGAUCCUUUUCUUCAUACCAUCCUCACUUCGUCAACAAUCCCUUCAUCUUUUGUGUAUUUAAAAGGUACACGGAGGUGGUACAGGAAGUCGUGUGAUGAGACCUUUUGAGUGAGAGAUCCAGAUCUCUACACCCCCGUGGAACAUUACUACUCGAACCUUUCUUAUCUUUCUUGCCUUCUUCGCGGCUUUCUUCGAUGCGGGGUCGUCUCAAAUUUUCUUGAAUUGCAUUCGUUGUCACAGUCACCAUGGUUGCCAACCAAAGUUAUAACUCGGAAUCAAAGCCUUUGCUGGGGCCCAGGAAUCAGGAUUCAAGAGAACGCAACUAUCCAAAUUUCGGCACCAUGAAUCUUCCAACACAGCAUGAUGACGACCAAUUGAGCGACGACGAGGAUUGCCAACCAAGAUGUUUGAAUUCAUGGCAGCUUUUCUGUCUUACAAUCAGUAUGGGCGGGUUACAAACAAUAUGGACAUCGAUUAUGUCUCAAGGCUCUGUAAGUCAAGUCACCUCGCGGAUAUAGACAAUUUCUGACAUUUUGAUAGCCAUACCUUUCUUCCUUGGGAAUGAGCCCAGCGCUGAUAUCACUCGUCUGGCUCUCCGGUCCAAUAUCUGGGAUGUUUAUACAACCUAUAAUUGGUUUUCUGAGCGAUUCCUGCACCUAUUUCCUCGGCCCUCGGAGAACAUUCAUUGUGUUCGGAACCAUAACGACAAGCAUCUUUAUGCUGGCUCUCCCCUGGACCGAAACAAUUAUCCGAACCAUGUUUUUGUGCUUUGGGUGGAAUGAAACUGGAGCAAACGCGAGUGCGGCCACCCAGUUCAUGGCAGCCAUGACGAUAUGGGCCCUGAAAAUCUCAUUGCAGCCUGUACAGUGUGGCAUCAGAGCGCUCAUUGUGGACUAUUGUCCUACGGAUCAGCAGCAUCAGGCAAGCGCGUAUGCCAGCCGAAUCAUUGGCUUUGGUAGUAUUCUGGGAUAUGCAAGUGGAUUUAUCGAUAUACCAUCAUUAUUGCCGAUGUUUGGAGAAACCCAAUUCAAAGGACUUUGCAUGGUAUGUUGCAUUGCUCUUGUUGCUACUGUAACUCUUCAGUGCCUGGUUAUCCACGAGAAAAGACUUGGACACAACGAAGGUCUGCAACGACGAGGGGAAUGUGGAAUCUUUGGACCCUUCAAACAGAUUUUGGUAGCUGCGGAAGCGAUGCCAAAACGUAUUUGGAAAAUUUGUAUUGUACAGUUCUUUGCAUGGCUGAGUUGGUUUUCUUUCAUGUAUUAUAUUACGACGUAAGUCCUCCUUUUCCCAUGCACCAUCAUUCAAAAUGCUAACUUGGAUGUUCCAGGUACAUUGGCGAUCUAUGUACGUUUUCGCAUGCAACCCGCAUUUGGACCCCUCAUGUUCGUCAUGUUUAAUUUGCUGACCAAAAUAUAGACCGCCAAGAAUCUUAUAGUUUUUCCCAGCCAACCCAAAUCGAGGCCACCCGCCUGGGGACCAUUUCCAUGCUUUCAUUCGCUACGACUGCCUUUAUCACUAAUACGAUUCUACCCCGCUUCAUCAAUGCGGAGACCCCAGAUUCUGCACAGUCAUUGAUGUCUGCUCCCAGCAAAAAGCGUAUUUACAACCUCACCCUUCCACGAGCUUGGGUGAUAGCUCAUAUUCUUACAUCCGUCUCUUUCCUCCUCCUUGGCCUCACACGAUCACGCUGGGUUGCGACAUCUCUGAUCGCCGUGCUGGGAAUCUCAUGGGCCCUAACACAAUGGGCACCUUUUGCCCUCAUUGGCGAGGAGCUGGCGAAAAGUCGCCAACAAAUCCCACGAUACGUCCCUCUACGAGACUCGGACGAUACUUUUGAUCUUGAGAAAGCGCCGUCGUUAUCUGGGAGCCAGGAUGACUCGCAGACGGCGCUUAUUUUGGGCUUACACAACUUGGCCAUCUCGGCGCCACAGAUUGUCGCGGCUGUAGGAAGCAGUCUCCUUUUUUGGACCCUGGAACAUACCGGGAUUGUGGGAACGGAUGCGAUCGGUUGGCUUUUUAUGUUUGGCGUUUUUCCUGCGGGUGCAGCGGCUUGGUGGGCUUGGAAGGUGGAAAAGGGAUGAAAAAAGGAUGAUAAUAAAACCCCAAGCAAGCAUUUUACGGUUUUAAUGUUGGGCUGGGACCUAAUUAAUGGGUUUGAUGAUGAUUUUUUUUUUUGAUUUUUUUUGGAAAGGGAAAAUCGCAUGGCUGUCUCUCUAGUAAUGAACCCCUCUAGAGCGGGGCGAUCAAUGAAAUUGGGUUUCCAUUACUAAGACCGAGCAGACUUACUUUAUGUGUUGUUUAUUCUUUGGAUUUCCAAUGAUUUGAGAGAGUUACUUCAUGUGCUUGUGUAUAUUUCUCGCUCCUAUAUUACUGUCAAUCUUCUCUUUGAUUGGGAAAAGAAAUCUCGUUUUUCGUUUUUUUUUAAUCGUGUGCUUUUUCUGCCUUUUCUCUGAUUAAGUUCCGUGCGAGGGGGUUGUUAUAUAGGUAGAUGGGAUGAGAUGUGGGAUGAGUGGAUUGAUGGAUUAUGGAUAGGAUCGAUGGGAUAUUGUGAUGUG